AUGCGCAUAGCAAUAGCAGGGACUGGUGGACUGGCAUGUCUCAUUGCACGAGUCAUCGACGAAGACACUAGCCACCAUGCUAUAUUCUUGUCUAGAAGCGUAUGUGCCUAGUGUGACCACCAACGAGCACAAUGUGGGCUCCUUGCGGGCAGAUCCGAAUCUCCGUCGGCCUUAUCUGACCCGUGUUGAGUCGCUGCUUGCAAACUGACAUGUCACAGCCACAACCGCAACUUGUCAACAACGGCUAUCAGGUAGCCCUUGUAGACUACAACGACGCCGAUACCCUUCGAUUUGCGCUCCGCGGCAUCGACACUGUGAGUGAGCCGUAACACUUCAAGCUGCUCAAGCCUAGCUAAGCUAAUGCGUGGUUACUUCUCCAGGUCGUGUCCACUGUCACCGGCCCCAAUCAGAUAGAGCUCAUCAAAGCCGCUGCCAACGCACACGUAAGGCGCUUCAUUCCCGCCGAGUUCGAAGGUCCCCCAGAAUCGCGGUCAGCAGAAGACGACAGAGGACGGACUGAUGCUCGACACUUGUUGACGCGUUUCUCGCGCCAGAUGCAGUCCACCAUAUUUGUUUGCGGGAUAUUCUACGAACGAUUUCAACCUGGAGGGCUGGCGCGCAUUGGCAUCGGGCUUGGUUCUGCCACCAGCGGCGAAGGGAACUACAUCCUGAAUUGCCGCUCAAUGACAGCCGUGGUGCCUGCCUAUAAUGCGAACCAGGAACCCAAUGUCACCAUUUGCAUGACGGCAGUGCAGGACGUGGCUCGCUACGUUUGUAUGGCGCUGGAACUCCCGAACUGGCCGGCGCAGAUACGGAUGUACGGGUUGCGCAUCUCACUUAAUAACCUGGUGGACAACGUGCAGAGGCUGCGAGGUUCGUAGUGCCCUUUCCCUUACACAUGGUGCACAUGCUGAUUCCAACAAGGAAGCACUUUCACCGCCGAGUGGCAUAGUCCAUACACUUUGCGAUCGGCUCUUCAAGACGCUGUUGCUCAGCGGAACACCACGAGACAAAGCAUUGUCCGCGGCCUUAUCAGUACCGCUGAAGGUCGUUACGACUUCGCACAGACGAAUCUGGGCCACCUGUUCAGCAAUCCGACAGUCACGAGCUUCGAUGCUUGGUUCGCCGUCAGGUGGAAUUCCCAAUGA